AGUUGACAAUUGACGUUCACUUUAAGAGUGAAAGAUAUUGCACAAGGAAGAAUUUUUCUUCCAAAAUUAUCUUUUACCACCAAUAAUAUAAACUACAAGUUCCCGAGCCGAUUAUCUGGCUGAGGCGGUUUGAGAAUGAAAUUAUCGCAAGCCCGUUGCCUGGCUUUACGUCUUUCAGUAGCUCAGAGUAAUGCACCUGUAAAUCGACCGGCGGGCAAGCUUGUGCCGAAAUCGGCAAUUUUACUUGCUGGUUUGGGAAUCGGAGUCUCUUCAUUUAGUCUGAAGCAGAUGUUUCAAUCGAAGAGGCCGAAAAUUAGCUACCCUUAUUUCUAAGAUGGCUAUUUCAUCUGAUAAUAUAUUAUUCUAUUAAUCGCCAUUAAGUAUAUUGUCGUAAUAUGCUUCUGUAAGUUUAUUUACUAUACAAAUUCAAGAUGUUUAAGAUAUUUGCAAUAUUUGCAUGGAAACGGUAUCGAUUUAAAUUUAUAUUUACUAUUAAUUUAGUUAAGUGAAAAGGAAAUGUCGGACGAUGUUUGUUAUAGUCUCUUAAACUACUUGAAAUAAAUUGGUCGUUAAUUAUGU